GCUCCCCUGUCCCCUGGCGCCGCUGAAAACGAGCAGCCCCCUCUUUCCCAUUGCCGCCGCCGCCGCCACUGCCACCGCUCGCCAUGGCCCCGCCGCGGAAGAAGAUCUCCAGUCAGUCCGCUCCUACCACCAUACUCGCCCUCAGCGACGACCUCCUGCGCGAGGUGUUCCUCCGCCUCCCCUCCCUCCCGACCCUCGUCCGCGCCGCUUUCGCCUGCCCCGCUUUCCUCCGCGCCGUUCGUUCGUCCCCCGCCUUCCGCCGCCGCUUCCGCGACCUCCACUCGCCCACCAUCCUCGGCGCAUUCCUCGUCGACGACGAGCCCACCACGCCCACCUUCGCGCCCGUGCGCCUCCGCGGCCGCCGCUCCGACCCGGACCACGCCGCCGCCCUCCGCGGCCUCGAUGUCUUCCUUACCCGUCUCCCCGAUGCUAUCGACGUCAAAAAGGACGACGCCGAGACCGAGGACGCCGAAGACGAAGACGAAGAUGUCCAAGAUGAAGAAGAUGACGACGACGAAGACGAAGGGUGGUCAAUGUUGGGGUGCCGCGAUGGGUAUGUCCUUCUCGUCACGCCGCGAUGCAACACCAAGAAGGUGGCCGUCUACGAUCCCCUCGCAGGAGCCCUGCAUCUCUUCCCCGGCCCGCCCGAUGAGGUGUUCAGCGGGGACCCCGAAUACACUGAAGCUGAGUUCCACAUGAUCCCCUCCGAAGCCGACGACCGGUCGUUCCGGGUGCUCUGCGUCCCCAAAGAAGACGGGGGAAAGCAGAUCGCUGUCUUCUCACCGGACACCAUGGAGUGGAAGAUUUCCCCAACACCGUGGAGCCUCCAGGAUGCUGACAAUGUAGAGCUAGUGAGGAACGGGCUUGUUUACUGGGCAUCUUCAGACCAAGACGAAGACCAAGACGACGACCACUAUAUCCCUGUGCUGCACACUUCAACGCUGCAAUUCUCUCAAACCCAUCUGCCGAUUGGGCCUUCCGGUGUCUUAGGUGAGACCAACGAUGGGAAGCUCUGUUUGGCUCGCGUGCAUUACGAUAACCUUGAGCUUAUGGUUUGGGUCCUGAGGGCCGGUCGUGACGGCGUCGACAAAUGGAGGAAGGACAGGACAUUUGAGAUCGUGGAUGUGACGGAUAAGCUCGCUCUCAACAUUGUAGACGAGUGCCCUUCGCUGUCGUGGCUAUUGUGGGUGGCGUCGUGUAUCUGACUAUUCACCAGAAGGAGCCUCCUAACUGGCUCCUAUCCUUCUGCAUUGAAACAAGGGAGCUACAGAAGCUCUGCCAGAUCACUAGAUCCGAGUUCUGCUAUCCCUACAUCAUGGCGUGGCCUCCCUCUUUGGUACGCAACAAGGCGGGAGCAGCUUAGUCCAUCACCUCUCAAAAUAAAUAAAUCACAGGUAACUAAGUUUGGCAAGAGCUACCAGAUGCGGUAAUGUACUAUGACACUCAAAAUGUAUUCUGCCAACAUGGAUUAGCUGAGGCUCCUUCCUUAUGUGUUUGUACUCUGUAUAUUUUUUUUGUUAAUUGGUGAUUGGUGAUGAGUGAUGACAUCUUGUGCCAUGGCUAUAUAGAUUUCGUCUUGGUUAGAUUUGCUCACUAUUUCAGACUACUCUUGAUAUUAUAGUUUAUGAUGGAUCCAUAGUUUAUUUUUUGCAAAAUUGAAUUCUGGAUUUAUAGUAAGUUAAGUUCUCAUGCUAUAAUGAGUUUAUAAAAAUAUAGGUCAGAAAUUUUUGUUUAUACUUAAGCGAGACUGAUAUGUUGCUAGGUUUAACCAUACUAUUGGUCAGAUCACCCCGGCUGGGGAGCAGUGUAUAUCGAACCAUAGUUUUGGUGAUAACCAUAUAUAUGUGAACUACUGAUUGCUAAGCCUUGCAUGCAUUUCAUAACUGCAAAAGAAAUUUGAGCUCAAGUAAUUCAGGAAAAAUACAAUAAGAAACAAAUAAAUAGGGUACAAGACUACAAGAGUAAUAAUAAGAAAAUGCCACUAGCUAAUUAAAGUUUUCGGAUACAUGUGUGUGUCGCAAUGUUUGAAUCACUCGAGCGGAGAAGAUGUGACUUUGACCAUGAUAGCGAGUGUGCAUUCAAGACCAUCAGGUUCCCGAAAAUAUUAUCUUCUGUUCCUGAUAUAAUUGAUUCCGCUGGUACAAAUUUGCUCUAAAUCGCAAAAAACAGUCGUGAGGGCAAUCGGAUGCUGAAUAUGGAACCAAACAAAUUUAAUUUUGAUAUGUAAACAAUAAAUUAUCUAAGACGUUAGGCACCUCAGUUCUUAUGAGAUUUAGUGUUUGAGAUGCUGCGGGGAAUAUAUCAGGGUCAUGUACAUCUCUGAAAAAUAUAAUAAAGACUUAUCGUUUGGAGUUCAGAACUAUUGCGGUGCUGUCCUACAAAUGAUGUCAGACUUUCUUGUUAAUUCGGUGUGUAUGUAAGAGCUAAACUGAAAUGUAGUAACAGAUCCGGAGUGUUUUGUCGCAGCAGACUGUCCUGAGUCACAUAUCCGAAUUUGCAAACUGCAGUGUAUAAAUGCCAACAAAGGUUUGUGUGUUACUACUCUGAAUAUGGGUGUCUUGUUGCUCACUUGACUGAAUAAAGUUCAGAGAUGAAGGUUACUUGAAGGACACUGUUCCGAAAUCAGAAAACAAGUAAACUUCAGUUAUAGUUCCAGUCAGCAGUAGUUGUACCUCGGUACCACAUCUCAGUUUACACUUGACAACUAAUUCUCAGAGAGUCCUGUAGCAUAUGUUCAGGUUUGAGAUAAAAGAAGUGUGUCCAGGACACGUGCAUGCAAUUUUUAGGAAACCGCAAUUGUCUCCAGUACUAGAACUACAUUGCAAUUUUUUCAGAGAAAGGAAACUGUCGAGAUGCAAUGACCUUGUUAGUUUGGGCUUUGUUCAGUGUAUGACACUAGUACUGUAACAUAUAUUCAGUUUUCGACAAUGGAACUUGGAUCCACGACACCUUCAGGCCACCCAGGUUCAGAGUAGUUCGUCUAUCAGUGAACAUGUAGUCGCGGGUGUUGUGAGCGUUUAGUAUGGCAUCAGAACUAUACUAGGCAUGUCCUGUACUUUUACUCGUAGCUCCAGGUUCACAACUAGCAUCACUUUUCUGUAACCUGUAGUUCUGGAGAGGCAAAUUAAUACUUCACCACGAUCAAUAUAACAUGUACUGCUCGGUUCACUCACAUGAGUUACCUAGCAGGUAAUUUCCUCUACUUUACAGUAGCAUCUAGCUGGACCUACUUAACUAUUUUCUUCCACAUUCGCACUAGAAAUCCGCAUGACCAUUGUCAAAUAAAUACUACUGUCACGGUAGCAUAUCUUCAGGUUCCAGUAGAUGAACUAGCCCAUUAAACCAUCAGGUUACACCUAAGAUAGAUAAGCUAGCUUGGCUGAUGUUUGAAAUUUAAUUAUUACAUUCAUGUUAUAAUAUUCCUAAAGACUUAAAACUAUUUUUACCAGUGAGAUAUUAGAUGAGACUAUUCCGGCAUUUAAAAUGAUCAACUCAGUGGCUUCACUAUGUUGGUUCAGAUUUAGAAUCAUGCAGAAUGAAAGAACCAUAGGUGACAAGGACCUUCAGUUUAACACAUUUAGAACCAAGAAAAACGGAUUGUUUAGUUUUACUCCAAGUUGGAUAUCUGAAUGGUACGCUAGUGAACGGCUCUGUUUAUUGGACAUUACCCAGCGGGGCCAACAUCCGCGUGCUGAACAUGGCCACGCUGCAAUUCUCUCAAAUCGAGCCGCCGCUGCAUACUGAAGGGCAAGAUGAAUUUAAGCCUGGCGAGACCAAAGAUGGGCAGCUCUGUCUGGUUUGUGCAGUUAAACUCAUGCUUGUUGUCUGGGUCCGGAGACCCGACAACAACAACGGUGAGGACAGAUGGGCGCUGGAUAAGACAUUUUCGCUGCAGGAUGAUACACAUAACAUCUCUCGGUAUGGUCUGGAUGAUGAUGUUUCGCUCCAUAUUGUGGCAAUUAUUGGUGGAUUUGUUUAUUUCUCCACCUUCUGUGAGAGGCGUCCAAAUUCUUGUCACUUCAUGUGCUUCUGCCUUGAAACAGAGGAGCUGAGUAAGCUCUGCACUGUCGUCACCCACUCCAAUAUUUCCUAUCCCUACAUCAUGGUGUACCCUCCUUCAUUGGUAUGCAACAAGGUGAACCCUCAACUCGAAGGGGCUUGACUAGGCGGAAGAAGAAAACUUGAAACAGAGAAUGUUAUUUCUACUAUGUAUGUUGUUUUCUCACUUUAGAAUUAAUAAACCAAGAUCUCCUAGUGUUAUUGGCAACCUUUAGUCAUUUGUGUAACCUCGUCAUCUAUCACUAAUAGCUGACAUGAUAUUGCUUUCUGUAGCUAGAAAAUGGCUAAAGUUUUUCUUUUGUGCUUGGAAAAAGUAUUCUAUGUGAUUGGCAAUAUUUCCUGAAUGGCAAACAGGACGGUUCCCAUUUACUCUUUUA